AUGGUGAGGAGCUCUUCAUCAAAAUGGCCACCCCGGUUACUGCGAAUGCCAAUGGUGCGUCGGCUGAUGGUGGUACUGGCAGUUGUCGCUGUGUUGUGGUCUUUUACAUUCGUGAAUAUAUCGCUGGUGUUUGGCCAGGCACAGCCAAGGGACAGCAGUAUAGUCAAGGCAGAAAUUAUACAGCUGAGUGAAGAGUACAUCAAAGCCCUGGCCAAGGAGAAUGGUGAUAUUGUUGACGGACCUUACGCUGGCAGGUUUACAGCUUUUGAUCUGAAGAAAACAAUAGCAGUACUACUAGAAUCCAUGCUGGCACGAAUCAAUCGGCUGGAGAUAUUUGUCAACAAUGUCACCAAUGGAUCUCUCUUCAGUGACAACUCAUCUUUGUCCUCGUUCUCAGCCUUGGCCGCUUCUGUCCAUCAGGAUACUGCAGCACGGCAGGGACUAGAGGGCAAGAAAGGAAGGAUACUCUCUGCUGAAGAUCUGUUGCAAGGCAAGUCAGAAAAGUGUGAGCUCACAGACGAAGACAAGACACAGUUCCCUGAGUGUCCACAGAAGAUUGAGUGGAUGCGCAAAAUGUGGAAAUCAGACCCUUGCUAUGCAGGUUAUGGGGUUGAUGGCUCCGACUGCUCUAUCAUUAUGUAUCUCAGCGAGGUAGAGGAGUUUUGUCCACGCCGUGUUUGGUCAGGAAGUGAGAAUAGAACAAUGGUGGACACACGGGUCACUUAUGCAUCUGUCACAUUAGAGUUACAGCCCCUGUUGAACAUUCUAGUAGAUCCCAAUGAGCGCCAGGGGUACGCUUGGAUCCGGUUACGGAUUAGUAGGAUGUGGCACCGCUGGGUGGAUGCAGCAUCUAGUCUUGUGGCUAAAUAUCACCUCAAUAAUAGGCCAAAACAAAAGAUUUUAGUGCAUCUUGGAUUGUUGAGUAAACAGUCUGGUUGGAAGUUUGCAGAGAUGCAGUUUAAAGGAGGUCCACUCGGGGAGCUUGUCCAGUGGAGUGACCUCAUCUCCACUUUAUACAUACUUGGACAUGAAAUUACAGUCACCAGUGAGGUGGAGCAACUGGUGGAAAUUCUCAAUCAUGUGCCUGCAGCAAAAACUCCUUGCCAGAGCAGGAAAGAGCUGCCAGUUCACCUGAUAUACACGGAUAUCAUGGGCCUCAUUCAGUUUAAGAAACGACUCAAAGCUGGAUAUGCCAAGUUUAGCAUUCUUCUCAACAUUCUCACCUCCACAAAUAUGAAAAAUGGAAGGCAGAAAAUGGUGCAGUGUUGUUUGUAUCCUCAUCAAUUAAUUUCAUAUUGGGGUCGCAUUGUUAUAAAACGUUUUCAAUUACUUGAAUUUUUUGUGUCCCACUCUCCCGACAACUCUUUCAUGGGGUUUGUGGUGGACAGGGUGCUGAACGACUCUGACACAUUAAACAACAAAAGUAACAUUGCUGUUGUGUAUGGCAAAAAUGACUAUAUGUGGGAGGGAAAGAAAGCGUACCUGGAUGUGAUACACUCUAGGCUGGAAGUCCAUGGCACAGUUUAUGAGGAUCCCCAGCAGAAGCUCAAGCAUGUUCCUGACUAUGUGAUCAACCAUGGGAUUUUAACGGGCGUCGACCUCCAUAAACUGCUACAGAAAGCUAAGAUAUUUGUUGGGUUGGGGUUUCCCUACGAGGGUCCAGCACCCUUGGAAGCCAUCGCUAAUGGAGCCGUGUUUCUGAACCCAAAGUUUGAUCCUCCACACAGUAGCAAGAACAACAAAUUCUUCAAGGGGAAGCCAACACAGAGAGAAAUCGUUUCCCAGCAUCCGUAUGCCGAGACUUUUAUUGGAGAACCAUAUGUUUACACCAUAAACAUAAACAAUACAAAGGAAGUGGCAGCCAUUGUUGAUCGAAUUCUCUCCAAUAACAAGUUUUCCUCAUUCCUGCCCUAUGAAUACACAGAGGAAGGAAUGCUGCAGCGCAUGAAUGUCUUUAUUGAAAACCAGAACUUCUGCUCAUUCCAACGCAACCAGGUGCGUUGGCCUCCAAGGCAGUCAGUGGAGAUAGUGUUCGGCGAGCCAGGGAAGUCUUGCAAGGAUGCAUGCUGGGUAAAAGGCAGGAUUUGUGCACCAAGCUACUUCCCCGAACUCAACACCAAGGAGAUGCUGGGCAACCACACAGACUGCCAGUCGAUGACACACUCAGCAAACAUCUACUACCCUGCCUUUGACACGAAAAGUCGGGCCUGUACCACGCAAGAUGAACCGUUGCUCUUCAGCUGUGUGGGCGGGAUGGACACACUCCAGCGGCUGUGUCCUUGUCGUGACUAUAUACCAGGUCAAACAGCACUGUGCACUUCGUGUCAGAGAUGA